AUGAUGUGGUCCAGCACCGUGGUGCCUUUCAUUGGAGUUCUCCUGUGGACCGCCUUCAAGGACCUUUAUGAGGACCGACGGCGCAAGAAGGACGAUGAUGCGGAGAAUCUGAGAAUGUGUUGGCGCUACGACACUAAGGGCAAACGAUUUGAACAGGUUAGAUGGAUGGAUGUGCGCGUGGGAGAUAUUCUGCUCAACUUCGCAGAUGAGGCCUUUGCUGCCGAUGUACUUUUGGUGCGGGCGGCUGGUGGGCAGGCAGGUGACUUUUUCAUCACCUGCGCCAAGGACGGUGAAGUGAACCUUGUCAGGACUGAAACCUGUGAACGCGUCGGAACGUACGGCGACAAAGGUGGUGCUGUUUAUGCGGUAGACGUGACGAUGGAUAGCACGUAUGUGGUCACAGCCAAUGCAGAUGGAAGCUUGCCUGACAAAUUCAAGAGCCAGUCGGAGGGCCUUGUGCCCAAUAGGAUCAUGAUUUGGCAGUUUGACCCCGUGAAGAGGAUCCUGUCAAUUGAUGAACAGCUGCCCAUGAAGGCAACAAAAGUCUCCAUUUUUGAGGAGGGCACUGUGAUUAUUUGGGAUGCUGAAGAUGGCCGACAACUGAAGCUUAUACAGGCGCAUCAGAUGGCCAUCACCAGAAGCAUGAACUUCACAGAGGACCGCAUGAUGAUGGCCACCUGCUCCAAGGCAGGUGCUCCGCAGAACUCCGCAGAGCUCCGCCGAGCCACAGACGUGGGCGUGGCGUGCAGCGACGGGGGCGAGAGUUCGGGGGACGUGGCCGUUUCGGGCGCCAGUGGUGCCUUUGAGGCCUUGUUGUGGCACAUGGUCUUCGAAGAGGAGAUAGGUUCUGUCAAGGGGCACAUUGGCCCUUUGAAGCUUGCUGUCAUGACAGCGCAGCACUUGCAAGCUGAAGGCUUGCAGGUGGAGCUGCAGGCUCCAAAGCCCGUCUUGACCGAUAUGGAAGGGUCAGUGAAGCUUGCAUCAGCCUCUCCCAAGACCGAAGCCAAACUGACCGAGUUGCAGGUGAGUAGUCCUUGCAAGCUGAGCUAUGAGCUCUUCGUUCCGCGAGGGUGUGUCCUGAGAAACACUCUGUAUGUGAUCUCAAUCGCCGCAUUUUGUGGCCCGCAGACGAAAACACGGCUGAAUGCUGCUGAGGCAGUGGGCAAGGUCUCCAAUAUGCAGGUGUACCUCAAUCGUGGAGUACAGGGAUUGGUGAUUGCGCUGAUUCUAUGGUGCAUCUACUGUGCGACAUCUGCAGAGAUACAGGGUGUGAGCGUGGCAGACGGGAGAAAUUGGUUCUUGCGCUUCCUUUUCUACUGGAUUAUUCUCUACCAGAUCAUCCCAAUCAGCCUCUAUGUUUUCUUCGAGAUUGUGAAGCUGGUCUUGGGGUUCCAGAUCAAUAGAGAUCCACAGAUGGUGGAUCCAAGGAGCAAACUCGGGGCCACUGCCAGAACGGCUGAUUUGGUUGAAGAGAUGGGACAAGUCAAUUUUGUCUUCUCUGAUAAGACAGGCACCCUAACAGAGAACGAAAUGGUUUUCGCCCAUUGCUGUGUUUGCCACGAUGCAGAUGCAAGAGAUCUUGGAGACUUCAGACAGACGGCGAAGUUGGUAGAGAAGGCGGAGGAGCCGCCUGGUGUUGCAGAAGGGAAGCUCAUCUUGUCGAGCACCCAAGACCCGCGCCAUGCAGAGGUUUUGUGGUUCUUUGUGAAUCUUGCGACCAACCACUCAGUUCAGGUUGAGGGGGAAGGUACCAACAAGAAGUUCGAAGGUAGCUCUGCGGAUGAGGUUGCCUUUGUGGAGGCAGCAAAGGAUGUAGGCGUGACCUUUGUGUCUCGAACUCGUAUUCCUGGAACCAGCUCUACGGAGGUGGUCCUCAAGGGACCAGGCUCCAAAGAUUUCACGUUCACGAUUCUUUGUGAGAUCCCAUUCUCCUCGGAUCGCAAGCGCAUGAGUGUCAUCGUGAAGCACGAAGGCGAAUACUGGUGCUUGUGCAAGGGAGCUGACAACAUCAUGGGGCCCCUUUGUGAUCGACCACUAGGAGGUUCACUCGGGGCAAGUCUGACGCAGUACUCCAAGCUGGGCCUGCGAACUCUGGUGAUCGCUUCGAAGAAGAUGGAUGACCAAGAGUUCGUGGAAGACUGGCUGGUCAGAUGGAAAGAAGCUACAGUGUCAGAGGACCGAGAGGCAGAGAUGGCGCGAGUCGCCUCAGAAGUGGAACACUCCUUGAAGGCUGCAGGUGUGACAGCCAUUGAGGACAAGCUGCAAGAUGGCGUGCCUGAGGCAAUUACUUCCAUCAAGGCAGCUGGAAUCCGCUUUUGGGUUCUUACAGGCGACAAGACCGAAACAGCAGUCGAAAUCGCAAAAGCAUGCAAGCUUUUCUCUGAUAGUAUGACCUUGGCAUACUUGGUGAAUUGCAGCAACGAAAGUCAAGCGUUGCAGCUCAUAGAGGAUGCCAAGACAACCUUGGAUGGAAAGCCGGAUGGAGGACUUGUGCUCGAUGGCACCUUUGUCCAGCAGAUCUUGACCUCAAAGGAUGGUCGGCCAAUGUUGUACGAGCUCGCCAUGGCAAGUAAAUCUUGUGUUUGCUGCCGGCUAUCUCCACAGCAGAAGCGUCGGCUGGUGGAGUUAGUGAAGGACAUGAACAGGACUGGCAUCACCCUGGCAAUCGGUGAUGGCGCGAAUGAUGUGCCCAUGAUCCAGGGAGCCCAUGUUGGCAUAGGCAUUCGUGGGAAAGAAGGAAACCAAGCAGUCCAGGCCAGUGAUGUGGCCGUCUCCCAGUUUCGUUUCCUCGUCCCAUUGCUCUUUUGCCACGGAAGACGGGCCUACAGACGUGUGGCCACCUUCAUUUGCUACAUGUUCUACAAGCACACGGUCCUGGCCAUCGGUGAUAUCUUCUUCGCACACCAGAUCACGUUUCAUGCGAAGAUCGCAUAUCCUGAAUGGUUGAACUCUGCGUAUGCGAGUGUGAUUUGUGGGUUGCCAGUUGUCAUAGUGGUGAGCCUGGACUAUGACAUCCCUGAUAAGGUGGCGCUAUCCCGCCCAGAUCUUUAUGUUGAAGGUCCCAGGCGGAUGCGCUUCAAUGCUCCAAUUCUUAUCGCAUGGAUGCUCAGUGCACUUUACCACGGUGGAGUAGCAUGGCUGGUGCCCAACCUCACCGCCGGCACAGUUGACACAGAGGAAGAUGAGUUCUGGUAUGCCUCCUGCGUAUCCUUCAUCCUUUGUGUGGUCUUUGUGAAUUUCAGAUUGUGGAUGGUCGCCGAAAGCCCCUUUCGCAAAGAAACGGUUUUGAUACUGCUGUUCUCCUUCCUAAGCCUCGCAGUGACGUUUGCCUGA